AUGACGUUAGACUCCAAAAUAUACACUCUUCUUGAAUUUGAAGAGCAAAACAAUUCUGAGUUCAGUCAAACUAAUUUAAAUGUUCUUUAUAAAGCUUUUUUUAAUAAUGAAUGUUCUGGUAAUUCUUACAGUUAUUAUGACUAUUGUGAACAAGAUGAAAGUUAUGAACUUAAAGAUCAACAUAGGGAACUAUAUAAAAAAUUUGAAAGAAAUUUGAAAUUAAUAACAAAUGAUACAGAUUAUUAUGGGAGAUAUGGAACAGAUAAUGUAAAACUUUGUUUUUAUUUGAAAUACUGGUUUUAUGAUCAGUUAAUAGUUAAUAAUUUUACGAAUGAAAACAUUGCUAAAAUUUUAAAAUUAUGGAAUGAGAGGAAAGAAAAAAAAUGUGCUAAUUGCGAUUGCGAAUUUGAUGUUAAGAAUUUGUAUGAAAUUAAAAUAUUAAAGAAUAUUUAUGAUUACUUUUUUUUUUUGGAUGCAUAUAAAGAUAUAAGUAAAAUUAGCACUAAAAUAUCUAAAAAGAAUUAUUGCAAAUAUGUUGCUUUAGGAAGUACUUACCUCUCAACGUAUGAAAAGAAUUGUAAAUCAGACAAUGGAUCAUUUUGCAAAGAAUUCAAAAAAUACAUUAAGAAGUAUGUCAAAUUAGAUGACAAGAACUAUAUUACGUGCGAUGAUGCAUCAUCGAAUGCUUUCUUUAAUGGUAGUUUAUUCAUAAAAAUUAUUACUAUAAAUUUAAUAUACGUUGCAUGA